AUGGAUGAUGAGGGUGGCAUAGUGUCGCAGAAGCGGGCAUCGACCAUCCUCGGGGUUGAGCCAGGGUGCGGAGAGGCCAUGGCCAACGCACAAGUGGAAACGCGCUACCGUGCGGUUCUGACAAACCUGGCCGCGGCUUCACCAGAGGGUGCCGACAGAGCCUUGGGCAUCAUGGGAGAGGUGGUGGAUGCUGCGGCCAGACCCGUGGUCCAGUUGUGGUCGCCUCCAUCAGAAAGUAGAGCCGUGAACACUGCUCGUGGUUUGGGCCUUCGGGACCUCAAGAGGCCGCGAAAACUCGUCGGCCUUGAAAUCGUUAGUGAGGUUAUCCAUGUGGAGGACGACAGCACUUGCUGCAUCAUGCUCCUGACAGAAGGGAUGCCUGUGCCCCAGACAUUAGUCUCGCCAUGUUGCUGGAAUCGAUCAUGA